AAGAAGACAUGUUGUGUUUGCUUUGAGGAUUCAGUGCCAUCAUCAACAACAACAAAAGAUCUCUUUCAGUCUUUCUCUCCUAAUUGGCUACGGUCAUAUCUAGCUUCAGAUUUCUGAGUCCCAUCAUCAUCAUCAUGGCUUCAUCAAACAGACACUGGCCUAGCAUGUUCAAGACCAAGCCCCACCACCACCACCACCAAUGGCAGCAUGACAUCAACUCUAAUUCACUCAUUUCAACUACUGCUUGCCAUAGAACCACCCCUUACUCUUCAUCAGGAUGUGAUCAAGAGAGAAGUCCAGAACCAAAACCAAGAUGGAACCCGAAACCGGAACAGAUUCGGAUACUUGAAGCAAUCUUCAACUCUGGAAUGGUUAAUCCACCAAGAGAUGAGAUUAGGAAGAUUAGAGCACAAUUACAAGAGUUUGGACAAGUUGGUGAUGCCAAUGUGUUUUAUUGGUUCCAAAACAGGAAAUCAAGGAGCAAACACAAGCUAAGGCACCUUCAAAACUCAUCAAAACAACCACCACAACAACAAAUUACCAACCAUACCCCUCCUCCAUCAGCCUCUUCAUCAUCUUCAUCAUCAGAAAAAUCAUCACCAAAUGAAAGAUCAUUGUCGUUAAAGUCUCCAAGUACUAAUCAUCAUGUGAUCUCCAAUAAUUCACCAACUGGUUCUGGUUCAGUCAACCAAACCAAUUACUUUCAGACCCAAUCUGAUCAUCAGUUUGCUUCUGAAGUUCCCUAUUUCUUUCCUGUUCAUCAACAAGGAACUGGGUUUUUGUUUUCUGAGCUGUCUAAUGUUGUUCAUCAUGAUCAGACAGUUCUUGGUCCUUGCACUAGUCUCUUGCUUAGUGAGAUGAUGAGUAGUUCUUCUACUAAUGGAGAUACAAAGAAAGACCAUGAAGAGUACAAGACCAUGAAGUUGCAACCACAGCAACUUAGUUACAGUACUGCCACUAGUGUUGAUCCUAGUAUUAACACUGUUGUUCCUCCUACUUCUUCAGUUACAACUACUGUUGGUCUCACUGUUCCAUCUACUAUUAUUAACCAAAUUCAAGGUGUAUCGGAAUCAGGUGGAGUACUUGCGGCGAGACACACAGUGUUCAUCAAUGAUGUGGCGUUCGAGGUGAAUUCUGGGCCCUUCAAUGUGAAAGAAGCUUUUGGGGAUGAUGUUAUGUUGAUUCACUCUUCUGGUCAACCUGUUCUGACAAACGAGUGGGGUCUUACUCUCCAGUCUCUUCAGCAUGGUGGAUCCUACUAUUUGGUUACUUUCUCAUAAGCCAAACAUGUUCAAUUGGUGUUAUGGGAGUCUGUAAGCUAAGCUCAUAAGAGGAACAAUUGGGCUACAAAUUGCUGCUUGUGGUGUGGUUGUCUUUCUGUCAACUUUGAACUAUUUCUCUUGUCUAGGGUUUAAUUGUAUUAGGUCUUUUGUCACUCUCCUUGCGACAGACUUAUGGGUCUCGAUAAUAUAAGAACUUGUGGAGCUGUCUAUCUCGCAAUGUAUUCAUGCACCAGU